UUUUCGGCUGCUUAAGUUUCAGCCGUACCAAUAUUCAUAAAAAUUGCUUUCUGAAUGUAAGAAAACAAUCAGCGCAGAGCCGCAGACGUAGUAAAAUUCACCUGUUUUGCUGAUUUAUUCGUGCACAUUGAAAGUAAAUUUUUUAGAGUCGUUAAUGUUUUUUGUCUUGAUUCUUUGAGAUAACAUUUUUGCACCAAUACUGAUGUAAGAAAAGCCGAAUUGAAAAGAAAUUAAAUAAAUGAAUUCCACGCCAAAAGUGCAGUCAUUAAAAACAAAAGAGUUAAGUUUUAUCAAAUUUAGACAAGACAUUUUUUACCAGAUAUUAGAGAGAUUUUUAUUUUCUGAUACUUAAGUCAGAGAGCUUGAACAAUGGACGAAGAAGAAAUUGAGGUUAUCGUUUCGCGAAAAGUUCUGAAAAAAGAUCCCAAUAACCUAGCGAGAGAUCCAAGUUUUCCUCGUAUUUUGAAUGUCGGACCAUUGGAAGAACCCGAAGAACGCGGGGAUACGACAGAAGGAACCGAAUCAGAGGAAGUUAAGAGCCCGCCAGAACUCAGCGACAUCCGAAUUGAAAGUCGGAUCCCAUCGGGAAGUUCUCGCGACUCCGGAUGCCUUUCGGAUGAGCCGAGAAGCCAGACGACAUCAUUGUCGAUGCCGGAUCCGGACGAUAUAAUCGUUCGGUACGAGAAGGGAGAGACAAACUCGGAUGAGCAAGUUGUAAGUCGGAUCAGUUUCAUUCGGUACAGUUCGGGUUUCGUAUGCGACGAAGCGGCAGGAGCGAGUCGCGGGGAGCACUCAAUAUCCGAAGCAGACGAUAAUGUUUUCCGAAUGAGUUACGGAUCGCCGGGCGAGUUCACCAAAACAAAAAGCAUUCCAGUUACAAUUCGUAACGCAAAAAUUGUCGAAGAGAAACCUCUCCAUGUCGACCCGUCGGAAGAUGACGAAUCAAAGUCAACUUCGAAUGAACCACUCUCCCUAAAGAAACUAUGUGCUGCGAUUGGUCGCUUGCUCUGCAAGAAGUGGGUUUCAUGGCUCGUGCUUGUAUGGGUCGGAAUCGUUCUGCCAGCAAAAUUCGCGGGAACAAUAGCAUUGGUCGGGUUUCCGGAAGUCGACACAAAAGUGGAUUCGUUCCGAAUCAAUGAUCAUCCUGCGGCUAAAAGUCGAUGGCUGCUACAAGAGAUAUUCAGUCAGGCGCAGCAGUCCAGAGAAGGAGAGAUGCAGUACAGAAGAAAACGGGAUGAUGGCUCUUCUGGUUUUUCGGAAGAAAGCGAUGAGCCUCAAAUGCGAACGAGAAGGUCAAGGUCGAUCUACAGACAGAGAUUCAUAUCUACAAACUUCUACAUUUAUUACACCACAAAGGGAAGAAAGGAAAACAUGCUAACCGAGGACAAGUUGAAAAUCAUUCACGAAUUUGAGAAUGAGUUGGUCUACCAAGAGGAGGGUUUUCGGGACAACUGUCUUAUCUACGUCUACCACGUCUACUCUAAAUACGCGACAGAAAUCAACAGGUGUUUUCCACCGAUGAGCGUGAACGGAUUCUUCUUCCCUUAUGCGUACAUAGCCGUGGAUGAUAAAAACAACACUCGAGUCUUCCACCAAGGCUUCAUUUUCGACGGAAUGGGAUCCCGAAUCACCAACUUCAAUGACUCAUACGACAUUAUGAAGACACAGGACAACUUCUUCUCCUUUUUCGACAAUGAUUUUGACUCGAGGGAGGCAAAAACAACCUACAUUAAAUCCACAAUCUUUCUUGGCCAGCCCUUGCAGGGUUUUAGCUUCAACGAGCAAAGAGAAGCGCAAAACGAAAUCCAAUACGACUACAUUCUGACUCUUGACAAAAUUAUGAACCGAUACGAAAAGAAACACGACAUCAAAAUCUACUACUAUUCAGAAGCGCUUACAGAACACCUGCUAAUGAAAAUAAUCAAAAGCGACAUGAUGAAAACGAUCGCAGCUUUGGCUAUAAUUGCCGCUCUUGUGUUUUGUUUCACUGGAUGCUCGCCAUGGCUCACUUUAUGGACACUAGUGGUCCUUAUUGGAGCCAUGAUUGACAACCUUUUCUUGUAUUAUAUCGUUUUUGGUAUCAAGAAAAUUGGCAUGUUAAACGCGGCUAGUGGAAUUAUUUUGGUAUCUAUAGGUGUCGAUGAUAUUCUGGUAUAUGUGAAUAUUUUCAAAGGCAUGGAUCGUACAGUCGAUAUUGGUGAGAGGAUAGGAAAUACAAUGUACAGCGCGGCUACUUCGACAUUUUUGACCUCAGCGACGACAGCGCUAGCUUUCGCAGGAAGUAUCGUCUCUCCAAUUCCGGCCGUGAAAAGCUUCGGACUUUUCAUGAGCACAAUAGUCCUUGUGUGCUGGCUAAUUGUAGCGCUAAUCAUGCCCGCUGCUCUGGCCAUAAGGAAAGACGGAAAACAGAUAAAGAAAAUCGAGCCAAAUGCACCAGCUGCCACAAACGCUUUAAGUAACAUAAAUUUGACCCCUCCUGAACAAAAACUGGACAAAGAUGAAGUUAAUUCUGAAACAAAAUCAGCUCAAUUUGAUUCGCUGAAAGUUUACCAAAACACACCGAUUGAAAUAGAAAAAACUCAACCAAUGAAAACGAAAGAUGAAAUGCAACCGAAAUUUUCUCCAUCGAGCGCAACUCGCCAAAAUGAUUUCACCCCUUGCAAAGAAGAUGUAAAACUGAAAAUGUUAUGCACACAAGGCUUUAAAAAAUUGUGGCAAUCAGCCCACGAAAUAGCCUUGCUUGUUGUUGAUAAGCUCACAAUUAUCAUAAUAAAAUGUCGAUACGUUCUGAUAGCUCUGUGGAUCGCGUUAGUCGCGACGGCCAUAUAUGGAAUUUUCCACAUGGAAGUCACUUCAGAUGUUCCGAAGAUCUUCAGCGGUGAAAAUCGGUUAGAAGAAGCACUUUUGUUGCGCUCUCAAAACGCCUAUGUUCCAGACAGCGAAUGCUACGAAUGUUCUUCAAUGUAUGUCACGAGCGAUCAAUUCUACAGAGACAAUUUUAACAGCUCGGGAAAUGACGUUAAAACACUGCAGACAAACACACGUUACUUCAGAUCAUCCGAAGAACCAGUGAAGCCUCUAAGUAGCAGUCGACCUCUAAUAGCUGUGAUGCUAGGCAUCAAAAGCUACUCAAUCGAAACACACCCCUUUUAUUACACAGCUCCAUUUGUGAACAUUAAUCUAGAUGAAAAUUUCUUGGAUGACUUCACAACCUACGGUGAAAUGAGCUGGACAGAUGUUCCAAAUAUAGUUGCAGAUGCGACUAAAACAGUGAAGGCGUUAUGUACUCUUUGCAAGGUCAUUGCUGACAACUUUGAACUAGUCCAAGACCGAAGGGGGCAGUGUGUUCCUGAUAUCAGUGAGUUUGACGUUAAUGGGAAUGCAAAUGGAAGAAGAUACAAGAAGAUUUUUGAGGAUACUUUUGACAGUUUUGAUGAGUGUAAAGGACUCCCCGAGGCAAAAAUUGUGAGCGGGGAUUUGGCAAUGGGCACUAUUGGCUACUUGAACGGCAAAUAUCCCGGAUACGUCAUCUUCGUCUUCGAAUCCACCCUCCCCUCCAAGGCCAGCUCAUGGGAAGUUAGAGACCACUUCGUCGAAUGGAGAGACUUCCUCAAAUCAGUAUCCAAGACUUUUGACCCUUCAACUGGUGUCACCAACAUCGAAUUCGCAAGUGACAAGUUCGACGCUGCUUUCAUGGAGAUAGCGGCCAAGAUGGGUUCUUUUUAUAGCAUGGUGGUGGCUAUUUCAACUGUGAUUCUGGUGCUGGCAUUUUUCACAGCCAGUCUGAAGUACCUUCUGGUUAUCAUCACUACUGUGCUCUCCAGUGUGCUCACUCUCUUUGGCUCUUUCUUCUACUUCGGAGUCAAGGUGGGGGCGAUUGAGAUAGUGGGGGCGUCUAUUCUGGUGGGCAGCUCAGUGGACUACGUGUUCCAUCUGGUCGACUCCUACUCCACAUUCAGUCGCAGAAACGAACAAGACGACGAUGAAGAUGACUCAAUGACUUACUUCCAACUGCGCAAGCUGAACUGCCAACGUGCAAUGAACCGAAUUGGACUUAGCAUAAUCAGCAGCAGCCUCACCACCUCCUUAGGCUGCGUGCCCCUCAUUUUCGCCGGCUUGAACCCCCUUCGCGUAUUCGGGAUUCUCAUCAUGAUUUCGUCAUCAUCAGCACUUUUGUUCACACUUUUGUUCGCCCUUCCCCUCCUGGCGAUUUUGGGUCCCGUUGGAUCCCAAACAGGCCUUGUCAGCCGGUCAAUCACACUGGCUAUUGUAAGUGUUGCGCUCGGACUGAUAUUGGCAUUUGUGUUAAUACUUGAAGCAAGCGGAACUAUUACCAUUUACAAUCCAAAUGGUCUUUAAUUUAAAUUCAAUAAUUGCAUUAGUUUCACGAGCUAGAUUGAGGACGAUUGUCAUGAAUUAUUGACCGAAUAAUUGAAAAUUUUCAGCGUAUCACAAAUUUUUUAUUUCCAAAACAAUUGAAUACUGAUUUGUGAUUAGUCAAUGAAAGUUUCAUUUAUUCAUUCCUGUUGUAUUGAGAAACUGCGUUGAG